AUGACCGCAGCAUCGCGUGUCCUAGUUGUAUCCGGCGCUCUCAGCGGCGUUGACGACGAAUUUCUCGGUAAUCACGAAAGAAUGCACCGGCCUGUCUACGCUAGAGUAGUUUUAUCAGAAGGGGUUCCCCAAACCUUCUUUACAUGGUCUGAAGGCUGGGGCGGGGAAUGCCGCCUGGAAGUCAUCAUUACCGCCCAGCUUAACGAAAACCGGCACAUUUUCGUCACCGUCAACGGAAAGUUCUAUGAGGGCACGAGCGAAGCAACUACGGACUUAGCUGAUGAACAAACUCAGUCUGCACUAGUGCCGAAGGGCGGCCUUCCUAUCCCAUUCUCGCUGCAGUUUUUCAACCGAGAGCCUUUCGGAGGCGAUACAGCGACUAUCUCAGUGACCUUUGUUAAUGUUGUGGAGGAGUGA